UAGAAUCUGAAGUACAGGACCCAUAUAGUCCCUUGAUUCUGAAAUUGCAUUGAGCCAAGUGAGGUUGUCCAUCUUGUUUUUCACCAUGAGAAGAUUUUCAUCUUCUCUUCUCCAGCACCUUAACCGACACAGAACCAAUUGCAGAGUUCUCUCCAGAGACUUUGUAUCAGACAUCACUCCGUCAACCAUCAAAGGAGAACAGCCCUCACCACUCUCACCUACCCAUCUCAAAUCCUGUAAGACAGCCCAUGGAUUACUGCUCCUCAAGAACAAAACCCACGAAUUUAGGCACAACCCAUCUCGAAAUCUUGAUACCCUUGUGGACAAAUCGCCUCAUUUGUCCUCCAGACAGAGAAAAAUGAAACAAAAAUCUGAAAUCGAAGAAACUUUUGAGUCUGCAAAGACAACUGACGAGAUCCUCAAAGCUUUUCAAGAGAUGGAAUAUGCUUUUGAUGAGAAGGAGCUUGGUCUGGCUUGCUUGAAAGUAGGCCUUAAACUGGACCAAGAUGGUGAGGACCAUGAGAAAGCUCUGGCUUUUGGAAAUAGAGCUUUGAAGAUCUUGGAAAGUGGUAGUAAAGCAUCUCUACCAGUUGCCAUGACUUUACACUUGAUGGGUUCUGCUAGCUAUAACCUGAAGAGGUUUAAUGAUAGCUUAGGGUAUCUAAAUAAAGCUAAUAGGCUACUGGCAAAGUUGGAAGAAGAUGGCGUCAACGCUGAUGAUAUCAGGCCUAUUCUUCAUGCGGUUCAGCUUGAAUUGGCUAAUACGAAGACUGCAAUGGGGAGAAGAGAGGAAGCUCUUGUCAAUCUUCAGAGGUCUUUGGAAUUGAAAGAGAAAUCUCUAGGGCCAGAUAGCAGGGAGCUAGGCACGGCGAAUCGGGAUGUAGCAGAAGCAUAUGUGGCAGUUUUGAAUUUUAAAGAAGCUUUGCCUUUUUGUUUGAAGGCAAUAGAGAUACAUAAAGCUCAACUAGGGAACAAUUCAGUUGAGGUUGCACAUGAUAGGCGUAUCCUUGGGGUUAUCUACAGUGGGUUGGAAGAACAUGAGAAGGCACUAGAGCAAAAUGAACUCUCAAAAAAGGUUCUAAAGAAUUGGGGUCUUCAUUCUGAUCUACUUCGCGCAGAAAUUGAUGCUGCCAAUAUGCAGAUUGCCUUGGGGAGGUAUGAUGAGGCAGUUAAUACUCUAAAAGAUAUUGUGCAGCAGACAGACAAAGAGAGUGAAACUCGUGCUCUUGUGUUCAUUUCAAUGGCAAAAGCCUUGUGUAAUCAGGAGAAGUUUGCUGAUUCAAAGAGGUGCCUUGAAAUAGCAUGUGGAGUUCUUGACAAGAAAGAAACUGGUUCCCCUACAUUAGUUUCCGAAGGUUACAUGGAGAUUUCAAUGCUUUAUGAGACAAUGAAUGAGUUUGAAACUGCAAUUUCACUAUUAAAAAGAUGUCUGGCCAUACUUGAGAAGCUUCCACAAGAACAACACUCUGAAGGGAGUGUUUCUGCAAGAAUAGGUUGGUUACUUCUGUUGACAGGGAAGGUGCCGCAGGCGAUACCAUACUUGGAAAGUGCAUCAGAAAUUUUGCAGGAGAGCUUUGGGCCAAAGCACUUUGGAGUGGGGUAUAUCUACAACAAUUUGGGUGCAGCAUAUUUGGAGUUGGACAGGCCUCAGUCUGCUGCACAGAUGUUUGCAGUUGCCAAGGACAUCAUGGAUGUGUCACUUGGCCCUCAUCAUGCUGAUUCGAUUGAAGCAUGUCAGAACCUUUCAAAAGCUUAUGGUGCCAUGGGGAGCUAUGCACUUGCAAUGGAGUUCCAGCAGCGAGUAAUUGAUGCAUGGGAGAGUCAUGGACCAAGUGCAAGAGAUGAAUUUAGAGAAGCACACCGACUUCUUGAACAGCUUAAGAACAAGGCUCGUGGUUCUUCAUCAAACGAGGUUCCUACAAAGGCUUUGCCUCUUCCUCAAAGUAGUGAACUUUCUAGUAUCAGGAGAUCAAGACCUGAUGUUCAGGUUAGUGAGAAGUGAUCAAAUAGACAUGGAUUUUGGUUAGAACUUAGAACCUUCUUUUCUGUUCACAAGCAUUCAUUGGUUUUACAUGGUCUUUUAAAGGGACAAGUGAUCAAGCACUCGGAAACAAUGAGGCUUU